CCAGGCAGGUGAGUGUGGGCCCGAGAGCGGGUUAGGGGCGAGGACCGGGUGGGUGGAGGGAGGCGCGCGCUCCCUCCUCGCGCAGGCCUGGGCCUGGUGGCCCUGGGAGCCUGCACUCCUGGGAGACCUGACCCGGCAUGAGGAGCCCGGCACCCUUGCUCCCCAGCCUCCUGGAAGCUCUUCCUUGGACUGGCCGGCGCCCUCUUCCCGACAUCUGGGGGCUGAGGCCGGCAUCCCGGGCCUGCAUGGAGGGGCGAACGCCAAGGCUGCGAGAGUCGGGUCCCGAUUUGUAAUCACUUCUUCCAACUUUCCGGGAGCUCCGUCCCGCGCCCGCCGCCUCCAGCCCCGGCUGCCCUACCCCGGCUCCGGAUAGCGCCUGCGGGGUUGUCAGAGCGCCUUCGGAGCGGGAGCGCUGUGCGGAGAAGCAGGGGCGCGCGGAAGCCGGGACUGCACCGAGCUCGGAACGCUCACGCGGAGGAGGGGUGCGCGAGGGCCCACACGGGCCCAGAGCAGUCCUCCCUCAGCAUGGGGCUGGAGGCUCAGAGGCUGCCAGGGGCUGAGGAGGCCCCAGUGCGAGUUGCCCUGCGAGUUCGACCACUGCUGCCCAAGGAGCUGCUGCACGGGCAUCAGAGCUGCCUGCAGGUGGAGCCAGAUCUUGGCUGCGUCACCCUGGGCCGUGACCGACACUUUGGCUUCCACGUGGUGCUGGCCGAGGAUGCCGGGCAGGAGGCCGUGUACCAGGCCUGCGUUCAGCCCCUCCUUGAGGCCUUCUUCGAGGGCUUCAAUGCCACUGUCUUUGCCUAUGGUCAGACGGGCUCAGGGAAGACAUACACCAUGGGGGAGGCCAGUGUGGCCUCCCUCCUUGAGGAUGAGCAGGGCAUUGUCCCGAGGGCCAUGGCCGAGGCCUUCAAGCUCAUCGAUGAGAACGACCUGCUUGACUGUCUGGUACAUGUGUCCUACCUGGAAGUGUACAAGGAGGAGUUCCGAGACCUGCUCGAGGUGGGCACAGCCAGCCGUGACAUCCAGCUCCGGGAAGAUGAGCGCGGGAAUGUUGUGCUGUGCGGGGUGAAGGAGGUGGACGUGGAGGGCCUGGAUGAGGUGCUGAGCCUCCUGGAGAUGGGCAACGCGGCGCGGCACACGGGAGCCACGCACCUCAACCACCUGUCCAGCCGCUCACACACGGUCUUCACCGUGACCCUGGAGCAGCGGGGGCGCGCCCCCAGCCGCCUGCCCCGCCCCGCCCCGGGCCAGCUGCUCGUCUCCAAGUUCCACUUCGUGGACCUGGCGGGCUCAGAGAGGGUGCUCAAGACGGGCAGCACCGGCGAGCGGCUGAAGGAGAGCAUCCAGAUCAACAGCAGCCUCCUGGCACUGGGCAACGUCAUCAGCGCCCUGGGGGACCCUCAGCGCCGGGGCAGCCACAUUCCCUACCGCGACUCCAAGAUCACCCGGAUCCUCAAAGACUCGCUGGGCGGGAACGCCAAGACGGUGAUGAUCGCCUGCGUCAGCCCUUCCUCCUCCGACUUCGACGAGACCCUCAACACCCUCAACUACGCCAGCCGCGCCCAGAACAUCCGCAACCGCGCCACGGUCAACUGGCGGCCCGAGGCCGAGCGGCCACCCGAAGAGGCGGCGAGCGGCGCGCGGGGUCCGCCACGGCACCGCUCCGAGACCCGCAUCAUCCACCGCGGCCGGCGCGCCCCGGGUCCAGCCACCGCCUCCGCGGCGGCCGCCAUGCGCCUGGGCGCCGAGUGCGCGCGCUACCGGGCCUGCACCGACGCCGCCUACAGCCUCCUGCGCGAGCUGCAGGCCGAGCCCGGGCUGCCCGGCGCCGCCGCCCGCAAGGUGCGCGACUGGCUGUGCGCCGUCGAGGGCGAGCGCAGCGCCCUGAGCUCCGCCUCCGGGCCCGACAGCGGCAUCGAGAGCGCCUCCGUCGAGGACCAGGCGGCGCAGGGGGCCGGCGGGCGAAAGGAGGAUGAGGGGGCGCAGCAGCUGCUGACCCUGCAGAACCAGGUGGCGCGGUUGGAGGAGGAGAACCGAGACUUUCUGGCUGCGCUGGAGGACGCCAUGGAGCAGUACAAACUGCAGAGCGACCGGCUGCGUGAGCAGCAGGAGGAGAUGGUGGAACUGCGGCUGCGGUUAGAGCUGGUGCGGCCCGGCUGGGGGGGCCCGCGGCUCCUGAAUGGCCUGCCUCCCGGGUCCUUUGUGCCUCGACCUCAUACAGCCCCCCUGGGGGGUGCCCACGCCCAUGUGCUGGGCAUGGUGCCCCCUGCCUGCCUCCCUGGAGAUGAAGUUGGCUCUGAGCAGAGGGGAGAGCAGGUGAUAAAUGGUAGGGAGGCUGGAGCUGAGUUGCUGACUGAGGUGAACAGGCUGGGAAGUGGCUCUUCAGCUGCUUCAGAGGAGGAAGAGGAGGAGGAGGAGCCGCCCAGGCGGACCUUACACCUGCGCAGAAAUGGGAUCAGCAACUGCAGUCAGAGGGCGGGGGCCCGCCCAGGGAGUCUGCCAGAGAGGAAGGGCCCAGAACUUUGCCUUGAAGAGCUGGAUGCGGCCAUUCCAGGGUCCAGAGCAGUUGGUGGGAGCAAGGCCCGGGUGCAGGCCCACCAGGUCCCCUCUGCCAUGGCCUCAGAGUGGCGGCUGGCCCAGGCCCAGCAGAAGAUCCGGGAGCUGGCUAUCAACAUCCGCAUGAAGGAGGAGCUCAUUGGCGAGCUGGUCCGCACAGGAAAGGCAGCUCAGGCCCUGAACCGCCAGCACAGCCAGCGUAUCCGGGAGCUGGAGCAGGAGGCAGAGCGGGUGCGGGCCGAGCUGAGUGAAGGCCAGAGGCAGCUGCGGGAGCUUGAGGGCAAGGAGCCCCAGGAUGCUGGCGAGCGGUCUCGGCUCCAGGAGUUCCGCAGGAGGGUCGCUGCGGCCCAGAGCCAGGUGCAGGUGCUGAAGGAGAAGAAGCAGGCUACGGAGCGGCUGGUGUCACUGUCGGCCCAGAGUGAGAAGCGACUGCAGGAGCUCGAGCGGAAUGUGCAGCUCAUGCGGCAGCAGCAGGGACAGCUGCAGAGGCGGCUUCGCGAGGAGACGGAGCAGAAGCGGCGCCUGGAGGCAGAGAUGAGCAAGCGGCAGCACCGUGUCAAGGAGCUGGAGCUGAAGCACGAGCAGCAGCAGAAGAUCCUGAAGAUUAAGACGGAAGAGAUCGCGGCCUUCCAGAGGAAGAGGCGCAGUGGCAGCAAUGGCUCUGUGGUCAGCCUGGAACAGCAGCAGAAGAUUGAGGAGCAGAAGAAGUGGCUGGACCAGGAGAUGGAGAAGGUGCUACAGCAGCGGCGGGCGCUGGAGGAGCUGGGGGAGGAGCUCCACAAGCGGGAGGCCAUCCUGGCCAAGAAGGAGGCCCUGAUGCAGGAGAAGACGGGGCUGGAGAGCAAGCGCCUGAGGUCCAGCCAGGCCCUCAACGAGGACAUCGUGCGAGUGUCCAGCCGGCUGGAGCACCUGGAGAAAGAGCUGUCUGAGAAGAGCGGGCAGCUGCGGCAGGGCAGCGCCCAGAGCCAGCAGCAGAUCCGCGGGGAGAUCGACAGCCUGCGCCAGGAGAAGGACUCGCUGCUCAAGCAGCGCCUGGAGAUCGACAGCAAGCUGAGGCAGGGGAGCCUGCUGUCCCCCGAGGAGGAGCGGACGCUGUUCCAGUUGGAUGAGGCCAUCGAGGCCCUGGAUGCCGCCAUUGAGUAUAAGAAUGAGGCCAUCACAUGCCGCCAGCGGGUGCUUCGGGCCUCAGCCUCAUUGCUGUCCCAGUGCGAGAUGAACCUCAUGGCCAAGCUCAGCUACCUCUCAUCCUCAGAGACCAGAGCCCUCCUCUGCAAGUAUUUUGACAAGGUGGUGACGCUCCGAGAGGAGCAGCACCAGCAGCAGAUUGCCUUCUCGGAACUGGAGAUGCAGCUGGAGGAGCAGCAGAGGCUGGUGUACUGGCUGGAGGUGGCCCUGGAGCGGCAGCGCCUCGAGAUGGACCGCCAGCUGACCCUGCAGCAGAAGGAGCACGAGCAGAACAUGCAGCUGCUCCUGCAGCAGAGUCGAGACCACCUCGGUGAAGGGUUAGCAGACAGCAGGAGGCAGUAUGAGGCCCGGAUUCAAGCUCUGGAGAAGGAACUGGGCCGCUACAUGUGGAUAAACCAGGAACUGAAACAGAAGCUCGGCGGUGUGAACGCUGUAGGCCACAGCAGGGGCGGGGAGAAGAGGAGCCUGUGCUCGGAGGGCAGACAGGCUCCUGGAAAUGAAGAUGAGCUCCACCCGGCGCCCGAGCUUCUCUGGCUGUCCCCCCUCACUGAGGGGGCCCCCCGCACCCGGGAGGAGACGCGGGACUUGGUCCACGCUCCGUUACCCUUGACCUGGAAACGCUCGAGCCUGUGUGGCGAAGAGCAGGGGUCCCCCGAGGAGCUGAGGCAGCGGGAGGUGGCUGAGCCCCUGGUGGGGCGGGUGCUUCCUGUGGGUGAGGCAGGCCUGCCCCGGAACUUUGGGCCUUUGUCCAAGCCCCGGCGGGAACUGCGACGAGCCAGCCCGGGGAUGAUUGAUGUCCGGAAAAACCCGCUGUAAGUCCUCGGGGCAGACCCUGCCUUGGAGGGAGACUCCGAUCCUGCUGAAAGGGGCAGCUGCCUGUUUUGCUUCUGUGAAGGGCAAUCCUUACUGCACACCCUAAAUCCUGGCCCUCAUCUCUACUACACUCAUUGGGAUCAACAAAUUUGGGCCACGGCCCAAAAGAACUGGACCCUCAUUUAACAAAAUAAUAUGCAAAUUCCCACCACUUACUUCCUUGAAGCUGUCGUACCCAAUUGCCGCCUUGUGUCUUGCUCGAGUCUCAGGACAAUUCUGGUUUCAGGUGUAAAUGGAUGUGCUUGUAGUUCUGGGGUUUGGCCAAGAAUCAUCACGAAAGGGUCGGUGGCAACCAGGUUGUGGUUUAAAUGGUCUUACGUAUAUAGGGGAAACUGGGAGACUUAGCACAUUUUUAGGAUCUUAAAAAACCAUUUAAUAAAAAAAAUCUUUCUUUGAAGGGAGAAA